AUGGGCACGGUGCUGUCGCUGUCGCCGAGCUACCGGAAGGCCCCGCUGUUCGAGGAGGGGGCGGCCACGGUGGGGCACUACACGGCGGUGCAGAACAGCAAGAACGCGAAGGAGAAGGGCCUGAAGCGGCACUCGCUCAUCUCCGUGCUGCCCUGGAAGCGCAUCGCCGCCGUCUCGGCCAAGAAGAAGAGCUCCAAGAAGGUGCAGCCCAACGGCGGCUACCAGAGCAACGUCACCCACCUGAACAACGAGAACCUGAAGAAGUCGCUCUCCUGCGCCAACCUCGCCACCUUCGCCCCGCCGCCCCCCGCCGCCGCCGCCGCCGCCGCCGCCCUCGCCUCGGCGCAGAAAGCCCCCGCGGCCGCGCCCGCCGCCGCCGCCACCCCGCGCCGCGUCGUGGUGCAGGCGUCCACCAGCGAGCUGCUGCGCUGCCUGGGCGAGUUCCUGUGCCGCCGCUGCUACCGGCUGAAGCACCUCUCGCCCACCGACCCCGUGCUCUGGCUGCGCUCUGUGGACCGCUCGCUGCUGCUGCAGGGCUGGCAGGACCAGGGCUUCAUCACGCCGGCCAACGUGGUCUUCCUCUACAUGCUGUGCCGGGACGUCAUCUCGGCCGAGGUGGCCAGCGACCACGAACUGCAGGCAGUGCUGCUCACCUGCCUGUACCUCUCCUACUCCUACAUGGGCAACGAGAUCUCCUACCCGCUCAAGCCCUUCCUGGUGGAGAGCUGUAAGGAGGCCUUCUGGGACCGCUGCCUCUCCAUCAUCGACCUCAUGAGCCCCAAGAUGCUGCAGGUCAACGCCGACCCGCACUUCUUCACGCAGGUCUUCGCCGACCUCAAGAAGGAGAGCGGCGCCGAGGAGAAGGGCCGCCUGCUCAUCGGCCUCGACCGGUGA